AUGGAUGAAAGUAAGGUACACGAUAUGAAUUCAUUCAUAAAUAUUGAUGGUAAUUUUUAAAAGUUUAUAUAUAUUUAGUUCAGCCUAAGUAUUUGAAAUGGGUGAAUACUAUGAUGACUGGAAAAGGGGAACUUUCAAGUAUAUUUACAAUAACAGAAAAAUAUAAAUUGUUAAUUAAUAUUAGUGGAGGUGGAAGAUACAAAUGA